AUGCGUUACAUUUCUGCCUAUUUGCUCGCCAGUCUCGGCGGAAACUCCGACCCAAAGGCUGAUGACCUCAAAAAGAUUUUGAGCUCCGUAGGAAUUGACUCUGAUGUUGAGAAUAUCAACAAAGUCGUCGCUUCGCUUCAAGGAAGGAAUAUGGAAGAGAUUUUUGCCGAAGGAAUGACAAGAAUAGCUUCAGUGCCCUCAGGAGGAGCUCCAGCCGCUUCAUCCGCUGCCCCAGCUGCUGCUGCCGCUGACACCAAGGCCGCCAAGAAGGAGGAGCCAAAGGAAGAAUCUGAUGACGACAUGGGAUUCGGACUUUUCGACUAA